AUGAACCCCCACCAAAAGAACAAGAUCGAUGUCAAUUCCCUCUCUCCCGAUGAGCAACGACUCUUCCGCCUCUACGGCAAACUCCCAUCCAAAGCCGACCAUCUAGCCAAGCACCUGAAGGACCGCAAAUACUUCGACUCGGGCGACUACGCCCUUUCUAAAGCCGGCAAGGCCAGCUCAGUCGAUACUGGCAGCGUUGGCUCUGAGCAUCCACUCCCAGAAAACAUCCCCCACCUCUCAUCCCCGGGUGUAGGACAUGCGAACCAAGGAGGUAGCGGCAAUACCAACAUCCACCAUGGGGGCGGCGCCGGACUUCCCAGCGGAAGCCCUGUCAAGGAGAGCAGCUUCUUGCACCGGCAGACCAGCGUGGAUGAGGUGGAUGAGAACGACGUAACGGGUCAGCGGGCGAAGGAUAACAUAAGCCCUCCAGUUAUCAAGGAGGGUAUUCCGAUUAGGAGAUAA